AUGACAAGCCUGUCGAGGUUUAGUGGCUGCCCUCUUUCUUGCGUCAACCCCGGGGAGAGCAAUACUGAUCCCAGCGUGGGGCUGCCACCUUUGGCAGGGGAGCACAUGGGGCACCCCACUGGCAGUUCCUUAAAACUCUGCCCCUCGCACAAUUUGCGAGACUAUCCCGAGACGAGGUCCAGUGCAUAUGUUGACCAUUCGGUUCCCCAUUUUUCAGACUCUGGAUACCCCAGCCACCGGUUAGAGCCCAGCCCUAGGGGCAUUAUCAUUGGAGCCAAUCUUUCUGGAGCCGGCAUGCCACCCGUCACUGAUCAACUGGCAUCAAGAACGAACCAACAUGGCGGGAUUGGGAGGUAUCGUGACCUCCCGAGCUAUAGAGAUACCAGAAGCCACGCUUUUUUCACCGCUUAUCACGAGCAGGCCCAUGGCUCCACCGACGCAACCCGAGACCUCGGAAGCCAAGUGAUGUUAGGUCUACCUGGGGAUAUCCUCUCUCGGACGCAUCAUUACGGUCAAAGUAUAAGUGGCCCAAGGGGAAACAGCCAACAACUUGUCACCCAGUUUCUCGGUCUGUAUAAACCGCUGAACAUGGCAAUUCAACGUGGAGGGGGUGACGCUUUCCUCAGAUGCUCUAAGCAAAGCCUCAAGCACGAGCUGGUGUGUAAGUGGAGUGACGGCCAAGAAGGGGUCGGGAAGCAGCUCUGCGCCAGAACUUUCGGGACCAUGUAUGAACUUGUCACCCAUGUGACAGUGGAGCAUGUCGGAGGACCAGAACACUCUGAAUACGUGUGUCACUGGGAGAAUUGUCCGAGGGAAAGAAAGCCUUUCAAAGCCAAAUACAAGCUGGUAAACCACGUCAGAGUACACACAGGGGAAAAGCCCUUUCCGUGCCCUUUCCACGGCUGUGAAAAAGUUUUUGCAAGAUCAGAGAAUCUCAAGAUCCACAAGAGGACACACACAGGUGAAAAACCUUUUAAAUGUGAGUUCGAGGGCUGCAAUCGGAGGUUUGCUAACAGCAGUGACCGAAAGAAGCAUUCUCACGUUCACUCCAGUGAUAAACCCUACAUGUGCAAGGUCAGAGGGUGUGAGAAGUGUUACACCCACCCAAGCUCCCUUCGAAAGCACAUGAAGUUACACUGCAAGUCCUACAUGGCCAAAAGCAUUGAUGGGCGCUCGGAGGACAGGGAGCACCUUUCAGAAGCCAGGUCACCUGAAUUAACGGAGCAAGCUCAAACAGUCCCAUCCACUUCCAACACCGUGACUCGCGUGUUGCCCCUCACCUCAUCUCAAGAUUCCUUAUCCCCAGAGAUUCGUGAGGAGUCAUCUCUGAGGUCACGUUUCCAUCACACAUUCGACAACACUUUGGACUACUCCACACACAGGUCACAGCCUCUCCUGGAUCCAUUGUUGAUACAACGGAGCAGUUACAGGCCCGAGCCUCAGUACCCAUGCAGCCAAGCAGGCCAUAAUUUUGCUCAGAGCUCCAGAACUUUUACGUCCGGCUCUACAUUUCAGAAAAGUAUUGUAAAUGGGUGGUAUACGUGUCAUAGUGGCGUGGAUACUUUCUCACCAAAGCAGUGUAAUAACAACAUAUCUUCGAUUUGAAUGUCAGCAUAUUACGGUAUUGCCCUCAUAAUAUAUGCUUGAAUAUGGACCUUUUGUAAUGAAAUAAUUGGUAUAGUGAGGUUACAUAUUAUUUACUGUAUUUACUGUGGUUGUUUAUGAAAAUGUAUGCCACGUUGAAGUUAUUAUACGUCAUAGUAAAAAAAAGGCUAUACAGCGUUGAAAAAUGUGUCAUUGUAAGCUUUAUUUGUUCUGUGUGUGACGCAUAUAGACCUAUUGUAGGCUCGGCUUGAAUCAAUUGUGAGACGUGCCUAUGUAACACGUGUACAGUGAACAAUCAUCUUUCCUCUGUUGGGUUGUUCAAAUUUCAAAACAUAACUAUAAAGCUAUAUAAUGUUUCUGAUUAUCAUUUUCAUGAUAACCAGUAACCAAUACUUAAAUAAAAACAAGCAGAUGGGAUUUCAGUGAGAAUGUUUGCUGUUAAUAGGCUGUAGGGCUCUUAAGAGAUAAGGUAGCAGAAAUAUUACAAAAGAAAGUAUUGUGUGCAGGCAAGGAAAGUGUAUUUCGUUGAAUGUAAAUUUAGGGUAUUGUAUUGUCGGAAAGGAAACAUGCAUUAAACAUGCACUUCUAAAUGUAAGUCAGAAAGUGAAAAUAAAAAGUAUCAU